GACCAAAACCUCUUCACGCUCAACGUCGUCCCAAAUGAACAAGAUCCCAACGUGUUGGAUCUCGUCGAUCCGUCGGGCACAAUACAUUAUCACAAGGAGAGAGCGCAGGAUGUGAUGUACAAGAUGAACCUAUACGAACCCCUUUCAGGUUCUUUACUUGCGUCGGCAACAGCGCCUAGCGCGACAAGCAAGCACAAGACGAUCGAGCUCUUCAAUCCCACCCUUGCUGUCGAAUUGAAAUAUACCGGGAGCAUUUCAUUCCGAUGGGCCUUUCAAUGGGAAGGACAUGAAUUCGAGUGGAAGCGCGAAGAGUGCUACAUGAUCCGCAAGCCUGAUCCACCGGUUCUGAUCGCCGUCACCAAAGAGCCUGCUGGUCGUAUCAAAACGACAUCGGUUCAAAUUCUGGACUAUAAUAUCAAUAGAUUCGAUAUCGAUGACAAGAAGGGUCUUGAAAUCGUCCUCUUGAGCGCACUACUCACUUUCAGCGAUACGAGUGACGCGUAUCACACUGCAAAGCCCGAAGGCUCUCCGAAUCCCCCUCCUUCCGCCAUCAGGCAGUCAUCCGGACCCAGACCCACGCCUCCACCGAAGCCCCCGCCAAAAACCGGGCCCGAGCGUAUUGCAGAGCUGCAAUCUGAUAAAGGCGCCAUGGUGAACGAAGUGACGGUUGAAGAGGAAGGUAGUGUGCACGACUAUGCAAGCCAUUGUUACACUCUCCUCCAGGAUGAGGCGAUGCUGUUCAUCUCUAUUCAGUCAUCUGCUGCCGAGCACGUAUCUAAGGUGCUUCAGGUCGUAGAGGAGACAAAACGUCUCAGACACAAGGCUGGAGAAGAGGCAGAACUGCACCAAUAUGUUGUGUACGACGCGGCACCGGCAGCCAAGGGUCCGCGCAGGAUAAAUCUGGACGACGACAAGGGCAAGGGCAAGGAGAAGUACGAACCUCCGAGCCGUUUGACGGUGCAUUUGAGCAAAAUACCUAUGCCGGAGUUGCAGCCCAAGCCGACGCUUGCCGAAAAAGAACGCGAUAAAGCAAAACACAAGGGCAAGGAACGCCAAACUGAGAAGGAACGUGAAAAGGAGGCUAAAAAAGACGCGAAGGAGCAACGUAAAGCGGAGGCAAAGUUAUCCAAGCGGCCCUCACCGUCGCCCACUCCAGGGCACUCGCGCAUAGGGUCGCAUCAAGCGAAUUCACAUCAGCCUAUGCCGUCCCCCGCUCAGUUGAACAACCCCGGGAUAUACGUUGCUCCACCCGCGACAGGACAUUCUCAUUCGCCUAACGCCCAUUCGAGUCAUGCGCACUCAAACAAAUCUAGUCUCCAUGCUGCUCCACCACCUCCGCACCGCCCCAACUCGCCGUAUGCUGACCCUUACUCCCGUCCAACGCAACCUUCACCAGCACCACCUCCGCAGUCGUUCUACGGGGGUGGAUUCGUGCCGCCAACAGGACCUCCGCCCGGCGCUGGCGCUCUGAAUUCAACACCUGCACCUUCCUCCGGUGCAUCGGCGCAAACUGUCUAUGAUAGGCAUCCUUCGGCAAGUGCGCUCGUGUCAGGCUGGCUAGAUAAAACGAAGAGCAUACUUCAAAGUCAUAGGAGCAGCUGAACGACUUUUUUUUGACUUUUUUUUUUUGGAAUCCGUGUUUAUUGUCCGUUGCGGUCGAACCGUAUGUUAGACAUUAAACUACUGCUGCCUGUAUCCCUAUGCCUCUCUAGCCCGACUGUCCUGUCCGAUCCGUACCACUGCUUCGGCGGGUGAGACGUGUCUCCCCGCGUGGCCGGGACGCCUUUAGUUAGGCGGUGUGAUGCUGGGUGGUAUGGGUCCCCUCCCCUCCCUUCGUGUCUUCGU